AUGCAAAGUCCAAUAAGUAACUUAGAUGAUUCAGAGAUAGCAAUAACAGAAUCUCAAACAACAUAUAAUGACCCUUUUACAAAAAAAACAGAAGAUCCAGUAAGAAACUCACUGUGUGGACAUAUAUAUGAAAAAGAAGUAAUAAUGAACAUCAUACAAAAGAAAAAGAAGGGAAUCAAAUGCCCAGUUGCCGGUUGUGGUAACCGGAACUUGAUAAAGGCAAAACACUGGAUACCUGAUGAUGAACUUAAAUUGAGAAUGACGCUUACUUACCAUUCCACAAUGGUAUAG